UUAUAAUUGAAGUGAAGAGCCCGACACUGUGAUGGGAAUUCUACUUAUAGUACAUGUAACGGAAAUGUACAUACACCCGCUUAUUGCGACCAUUAACAUGUGUUUUUUACCAACUGUUCAACGGAAUCAAAAUCAGGGAAUUUUCGGUCAUUUUUUGACAAGACUAAUAUUACUGACUUCUUACUUGACUGUCAUCCAGGCAACACAGCGUCCUCAUAUUGUUUUUAUAUUAGCUGACGAUUUGGGAUAUUUUGAUGUUGGAUAUCGCAACGGCUCGAUCGUCAAAACACCGAAUAUCGACAAGUUGGCGGCAGAAGGAGUGAAAUUAGAACGACAUUAUGCCCAGCCAUCGUGCAUGCCUUCAAGAAGCUGCCUUAUGAUGGGUAGAUAUCAGAUUCACACAGGAUUCAACUAUAAGUGCACAGAUGGGUCGGGAUCCCAACUAUGUAUGCACCCUGAUACAAUAACGAUACCGAUGAAGUUAAAAGAGAAUGGAUAUGCCACCCAUAUGGUUGGUAAAUGGCAUCUCGGCAAUAUCAGAUGGGAGUGUCUGCCAAAUGCAAAAGGAUUCGACACGUUCUUCGGUUACCAUGGGGCAUCAGAAGAUUAUUACACACACUUUUCUCCAGCGGGCCGCGAGUGUCGUGAUUUGUGGCGAAAUCGUGAUGACGUUGCACAAGAAUAUUAUGGCCAAUAUUCUACACAUAUAUUUACAAAUGAAGCUUUAAAUAUUAUUGAAAACCACGAUGUUAGUAAGCCAAUGUUUCUGUAUUUACCAUACCAAGCUGUUCACGGCCCAUUGCAAGUACCUGAGAAGUAUUAUAACAUGUACGAACGGCCCCUAGAUGAUAUCAGGCGAAAAUACGCUGCUAUGGCAACCUGUAUGGAUGAAGGAAUCGGAAAUGUGACCAAUGCUUUGAAACAACGUGGAAUGUGGGACAACACAGUAUUUAUAUUUGUAUCCGACAAUGGUGCUCAAUUUCCUACUGGAGGACGGAACUGGCCUUUACGUGGCGGGAAAGGCAGUGUGUUCGAAGGAGGCAUUAGAGUUGUUUCCUUCGUCACCAGUCCAUUGAUAGAACGACCUCAGCGUUCGAGUAACGAAAUGAUUCAUUUGACAGAUUGGCUUCCUACGUUGACGCAUUUAGCUGGUGGAACAGUUGAUGAUGUUGAACUCGAUGGCGUUAAUAUGUGGGAUACUAUAAGUAAAGGUAGUGCUACACCACGUAAAGAACUUCUCGUGCAAAUCUCCCCUCCUCAUGGAGUGCGUGAUAUAGGACAUGAACCCUGGUAUAAAAAUGGAAUGUUUGACGUCACCACCAAUUCAGCUAUUAUUGUGGGUAACUGGAAACUUGUGACGAAUGAAGGUUACUACGGUGGGCAUGUCGUGCCACCCGAACUUGAAUCACAAAUUGGAGCAGAACGUAUCCCACCACCAGAAUCAAAGCGUGGUAGAUUAGUAUGGUUAUUUCACAUCGGCGAGGACACGAAAGAAAAACACGAGAUGAGCAAUGAAAGACCAGAUAUAGUAUUUAGAUUGCUGGAACGACUGAGAGGGUACCAAAGCCACGCUGUAUUCUGUAGACAUAGCUACGCUAGUUUGGGGUGCACUCAAAGGGGAAAUCGUUGGGGACCACCGCUAGGAAUGUGAUUUGUUUGUUCAGGAACAAAAUAUGAUGUUUCAAAUAAAUUAUGAAAUUGUAA